AAUCACUGUGCCUGCCAGAGUAUAUUUCUCUAACUAUAUUCAUGUUCUUACAUCUGAGCCUUUCGUUGCAAUUAUUAGAUACUUAGCUAUAAUCGAAGUUUCUUGCGUAUGAAAUAUAUGACAGGCAAUAUAUAUCCUGUCGAAUCUUAAAACAAUGUACAAUAAGAUCCAUUGAUCAGAUCUGGGAGCUCCCGACUGGCCAUGGUGGCCAUCAACUCUACUGCCAAUCGCCAAGAUCGACGCACGGACCCGAACAUCAAAUCCGCAACUGACAACUUUCUUUCCUCCACACGCGCGCAUCUGGAAUUCUGGACCAGCUCAAUCAUCUCGACCCGAAACCUAACCUCUCCAAGUUCAACGUGUGCCUAAAUACAGCCUCUGCAGACUACUUAUUUCAAUCACAUAGUAUUACCCGACCUGCGCGGUCCAGAGCGCCUCCGCCAUGUACAAUCCUUACCAACAACCUCCGGGCAUGUAUGGACGAGCUCCUGACUAUGGAGCCUACCCCGGUGCACCCCCGGGCAUGGCGCCUCCUCCAGGGAUGGCCGCGCCCGGCACCGCUGUACUCCCAGGCAUGCAGCAGAAUAACAACCAACAGCCUGGUCGCCCCGGCGGCUUCCCGGCCAAUUUCCAACCGCCCCCGAACAUGCCCAACAUCAACUUCUCCGCACCCGUUAUUCGCCUGGGUACUUCCGGCCCUGCGAAGCCUGCUGCCCCCGAUAUGGGCCGUGAGCGAGGAUCAGAUGGCCCGGGACGUCGUCCCGGGUUGGGAUCAUCUGGUGUGGACGACCGACGCUACCAUGGCCGCGACGCGAUGAUGCAGCUGCAGCCGCCGACACGGGAUGAAAUCGUGCGCACACUGUUUGUUGGAGGUAUUACUGAGGGUGCGGGUGGUGAUGAUGGCAUUGAGCGGAUUUUGCGGUCUGCGGGUAAUCUGCGACGUUGGAUCCGGGCGACCGAUGCCGACGAGAAGCCCUGCCGGUUCGGCUUUGCGGAGUUUGAAGAUCCAGAGAGCCUUGAGGUGGCUGUGGAAGUCCUGAAGGAGGUCGAAGUUCCCGUGAAGCGCCAGACACCUCGUGCAGAGGGUGAGGAAGAGCAGGAAGUGGAAAAGAGCACUCUUCUGGUUGUUGUGGACGAGAGCACUAUGACCUAUCUGGAGCAGUUUGAAGCCACUCGUGGCGAAAGGGAUCCCAAGGAGCUCCAAGCGCGCUUCGAUGCCGCUCGCGACAGUCUGAAGAGGGUCCUAUCAGAGCUCUUCCACCCUGCCAGCCCGACCCAAAAGGAAGAAAUUUCCGGACUCGACCGGGAAGGCGAUACCGAGAUGAAGGAUGGAGAGACCGCGAAGGACGGAGAAGUGGUUACGAUCCCCAUCACUGUCGAAGAUGAACUGGCCGACAUCCCUCCAGAGAUGCGCGAGAAUGUUGCCAAGGAGAUUGCGGCGUUCCGUGAUCGUAGUAACCGCCGCGAUAUUGAGCGGCUGAGACGCGAAGAGGAGAUCGAGUCUAUGGAGCGUGCUCGAAACUCUGGCUCUCGCAUCAGCCGUCUUGGUUCCCCCCCAGCCUCAGCUCCCAGUGGCCCUGCGGGCGGUGCCAAUGGCAUCCCGCUUGGCCCCCGUGGCGACCGUAACGUGCCUAAUGCCCCGUCUGGACCCAAAGGAUUUGGUGUACAAAUCCCCAAGGAUUACCAAAGGGGUGUGUCAUUUGUAAAUGGCGGGGCCAUCAAUGGAUCUCAAGUCUACAUUGACCGCGAGGACGAAGACAGCGACGCAAGCGACGAAGAGCUCGAGCGGCGCCGCCAGGCCAAGCGUGAUGCCGAGCAAGAAAAGCAAUUCCUCGACCAGGAGCGCCGCUGGCUCAACCGCGAGCGAAGCCGAACGGCCGCCCUGGAACGUGAAAAGAAGCGCGACAAGGAGGAAGAUGGAAAAUUACAGGCCGCUCAUGACGAAAUGGAGAAGCGCCUCAUGGACUGGGAUGAUAAUGUGGAGGCCAGCCGCAAGGCCAACGAAUACUAUGCCGAUCGUGGCGCUUGGCUCCGCAGCCGCGCUGUGUUCCGCUCUCGCGAGAUCAGCAUGGACGAUGCUGAUCGGGCUGCCGAGGAGCGCGAGCUAGCCCAGUCUGCCAAGCAGCAAGAGCAGGCACGCGGCAUGGCCGACGAUUUCCUGGCCCGUCAAGCGCAGGAACUGGAGGCUCGUGCCCAGGCGCCGGCCCCUCAAGAGGAAGAGCCGCAACGUUUCAAACUGUCUCUUGGCGCUGCAGCACAGAAGGCCCAGGCCGCCACCGGCCGCCGCACCGUUGCCGAAGUCGAAGGCCUGCUGGAGGACGAGGAGGAGCCCGCCGGUACGACCCGCCGCCAGCUUAUCCCGAUCAAGUUCGACUCCGCUGCCGAAGCCGCGGGACUCUCGGACGAGGAGCGUGCUCAGGCCGCGCGCCAAUUGGCAGCCGAGAUCCCGACCGACAAGGAUGGACUGUGGAAGUGGGAUAUCAAGUGGGAGUUUGUGGACGAGGCCGUUAUCAGCGACCAGAUCAAGCCUUUCGUGGAGAAGAAGAUCGUCGAGUACCUUGGUGUACAGGAGCAGAUGCUGGUGGAUGUUGUGGAGGAGCAUGUGCGAAAGCAUGGCUCUCCUCAAGAGCUGGUGGAGCAACUGGAGAUGGCAUUGGACGAGGAAGCCGAAGUGCUGGUUCGCAAGCUCUGGCGUAUGCUCAUCUUCUUCUCGGAGAGCGAGAAGCGUGGCCUGUCGGCAUAAGAACUCGAUGCUACAGGCUGCCAAUCAGGGAUCGGAUAAUCUACUUUUACAUCGGCUCGGAAAAAGAGCCGCAGCGGAUAAUUUCCACGGGCGAAUAUCGCAUACAUAUUAGUACUAUACAAUGGACUUUAUCCUCUUAUUUUCCGAACUAUCUCCCGAGAAAUGAAUUGUAUA